UCCCUCUGGCCAUCAAAUACUGGCAGUUGUUGAAGCUCUGCUAAAAAAGCAUCCAUGCCUAAAAGAGCCUGGAACCUCAUAUUCAGGCAUGUACGGUUGGCAGCAACGUCUUAAAUAUAAGAUGGCUAAUUACAGGUCCAAAAUGAGAAGGCGUGAAGUUCCUUGUCCUGAACUUGAUAUCAACUCCUUGAAAAAGAAACCCCAUGGUGAGAGAAAUCCUGCAAAAAAUUGCAAGCGACCAAAGAGGGCAGAGGUGAACUACCUUCCUCCACAUCCAAGUGGAGAAACUAGCGACACUCUGGAGUUAGAGAGACAGGAGCUUCUUAACGAGGUAAAGAAGAAGAACAACAACAAGAUCAAGGAGGAAUUAAAGAGAAUAACUACAGUUUCACUAGAGCAGAGCUUCAUGUACAAACUUGACCACUACACAACAAAACUUAUUGCCCUGAUGAUGGCCAAGGGAGGUGUCAUCGGGUCCAAGCUGAGGCCGUUUAUGGACAGACUUAGCCGGAACCAAAGCAUUGAGAUGAGACGUGAAACUGUCAUCCGCAGCCUUAUCCUGUACCUCGGCGAGAAAGAAGAAGAGCUAUUUGAAGAUUGCCAGGAGGACACCCGCAGUGAUGCCGCCGAACACAUCCUUAAGAUACUGGUCGUCCAUGGUGCUGAUCGAGAGGAUCCAGUCGAUGUGUCCAUCCUUUUGGAAGGCAGGGAGAUGUUUCCAGGAUGUGGCAGUACUGCUAAAGCUUGCACACUGCUGAUGGGACUUAUUUAUUCCCUCAACCUGGCAUACCCCCCAACACUGCGCUACACCUUUGAGGUGUUCCAGAAACUUUUCCUGGACUUGGAUGGUGUUAAGAUGUCCCCAAAAGUGCGAUCUUUAAAGUUGAAGUUGCUUUCCUAAAUGCCCUCAACAUGGCACAUGCUGUACAAUUUAUUUUUCUGUUAAUGUUUAUUAGAGGCAAAGGCCAAAGAACUAUCCAGAACUGUUACCUAGUUUAAACUUUUGAAAUGUUUUAAUGUGUUACGGUUUUAAGAGCAUAAAGAGCUUUUGGUGUCGGUUUGAAUGCUGUUUUUGCAUUGUUUCUGUGAAUUGUAAGAUUCUAAUUGGAUAUUUGAAAAAUAUCAUUACAGAUCUGUUUUGGAUGGAGAAGAAUGGAUUUUCCUUUUCUUUAGGGAAUUUUGUUUAUUUUUAUUUUUUUACAGAACAGCAGAUGCUUGAAUGAGCAUUAAGGAAAAGUGACCUGCAUGUGCUCGUCAUUAAUCUCAGUUAUGCCACUGUUGGCUGCUGAGGUUUAGUCGAACCGUACAAGGUUAAUUCUACAGUUAUUGUAAAUUAGAGAGGGUACUGAAUGUACCUUAACUAACUACUAAUCAGUUGAU